AUUCUGUGUGUAGUUUCACUUUCUAGUGUGAAGAGGUGUUGUGUAUGUAAUAGAAAAAUGAAAAUAAACCAUGUUCUUGCUCCUUCCCAUGACUAGUUCUUGAGACAACAACACUUUAUCCAAAUCCCACUGUUUCUCUUCUCCGCCGCUGAAUCUUUACACUAUUCAACACAGAGAUCGAAGAUGGAUAGGCUUCUACUACAAUCCCCUUCUCUCAACACCGCUAUUCGCCGCAAACCCUUCACUCCGACCACCACUCGUUCUCAUUCCACCGCUAGAUUCAAAUCAUCUUCUUCCCCUUUCAGUUUCAGGAUGAUUUGCAAGCAUCAAAACCCAUCUCCAUUUUCCUCUUCCACCACUCCCUGCUUCGCCUCAUCGGUUCCACUCGAAGAUUCUUCUGAUGCCCACAUACCCAAAUCCCAACCCCUCAAUCAGAUCACUGAUGGGGACUCGAAAAACCCAAAGGCAAUAACAGCUCGGACAUUUGUAUUACUCUCUGCUCUUGUUAUGCUUUUAAUUCAACCAGCUUUUGCACCAGCAGCUUUUGCAACCUUCCAAAAUGCGGCCAAGACCGGUGGUCCUGCACUAAUCCGCAAUGAGCUUGUAAGUAGUGCUUGGACUGGUUUCUUUGCUGGUUGCUUGCACACGCUAUCGGGGCCUGACCACCUUGCAGCUUUGGCUCCAUUGUCAAUUGGCCGUACCCGGAUGGAGAGUGCUGCUGUUGGAGCCCUUUGGGGUUGCGGCCAUGAUGCUGGACAGGUUAUCUUUGGCUUAAUAUUUUUGCUCCUGAAAGAUCGACUUCACAUUGAAAUUAUUCAAACUUGGGGCACUCGAGUGGUGGGGCUUACCUUGCUAGUUAUCGGUGCUAUGGGAAUUAAAGAAGCUUCAGAAGUACCUACCCCAUGCGUUGCCUUGGAAAAUGGCGAAUGCAAUGUCGGCGUCUAUGAGUCACUUGAUAAUCCUGCAGUAGGAAAGAAGAAGAUUGGUUUUGCUACUUUUGCGACUGGAAUAGUUCAUGGACUGCAACCAGACGCGUUGAUGAUGGUGUUGCCUGCUCUUGCUUUGCCUUCUCGCGUGUCUGGUGCUGCAUUUCUCAUCAUGUUCUUACUAGGAACUGUAGUUGCAAUGGGGAGCUAUACAGUAUUUAUAGGAUCAUGUAGCGAGGCACUAAAGGAUAGAAUACCUAGAAUCACUGAGAAACUCACUUGGGCUUCUUCUCUUAUUGCAAUAGCCCUUGGAUUUGCCAUCCUUAUCAGCCAGUUUUUCGGGUUUAGCCUGUACUGAUAAGUUGAUACACUUCAAUCAGCCAUAAACCUUUUUUAGGAACAUCUUUUGGUGUCAAGAAAAAAAGUAGGGACUUAGAGAGAAAUUUGAUUGUUCGGAACUAGUUCAUCAUUAUGCAAUAUGUGGUAUUGAUUGCUAUCUAUGAUUUGACUAAGCUUGUGAAUGUACAUAACUCUGGCAGAUUCAAAUAUUCUGCUGCUGAGAACUAUGUAGCUGUCUUAUUUGCAGAUUAAAUUUGAUAUUACAAUGUGCAUUAUGCCUCA